AUCUCACAAUUGAAUCAACCUCACGCGCCACCAUUUUUAUAUAUAUUCACCGGCAACGAGAUCUUCUCCUCAUUUCCUACAAAAUGCAGCACCGUCAACGUCUCAAUCUCUAAUUCAUCGCAGAUCUCUCUCUAUCUCUCUUCGUCCGAUCAUCUUGUUCGGCAAAAGAUCAUGAAUCUGCGUCUAAAUUAUGGCUUUCUCUUCCUCUUCCUCUUCGUUUCCAUCGCUGCAUCUCGCGUUUCUGCACAGGAGAUUGGCGGUGAUAAGGAUAAUGAAGACUCAACCAGAUCCAUUAUAGAUCUAGGCAGACGUAGCAAAGUUGUUGUGCAGAAAAUUAAAAACAAUGUUAUAGGUGACGGGAUUGAUCCAAAAGUUGUACUCAGUUUAGAUUCUGGUCUUGGAGUUGUCGAUGCAUUCUUUGCCAGUUUGUCGAUGAUCCUUGUCAGUGAGAUUGGAGAUGAGACUUUUAUUAUAGCAGCUCUUAUGGCAAUGCGGCACCCAAAGUCGAUUGUUUUGUCUGGUGCACUGAGCGCGCUUUUUGUGAUGACGAUACUUUCUACGGGGCUUGGUAGGAUUGUUCCAAAUCUGAUAUCCAGGAAGCACACAAACAGUGCCGCUACAGUUCUUUAUGCCUUCUUUGGGAUCCGCUUGCUCUAUAUUGCGUGGAGAUCAGAUUCGAAAGCAUCCCAGAAGAAGGAGAUGGAGGAAGUAGAAGAGAAACUCGAGUCUGGACAAGGAAAGACAGCUGCCCGCCGAUUCUUUUCGAGAUUCUGUACUCCCAUUUUCUUGGAGUCGUUUAUUUUGACGUUUUUAGCAGAAUGGGGGGAUCGAAGCCAAAUAGCAACGAUUGCUUUAGCGACACAUAAAAAUGCGGUCGGGGUUGCUCUUGGAGCUACGAUCGGACACACCAUCUGUACAUCUGUAGCAGUAAUCGGGGGAAGCAUGCUAGCAUCAAAAAUCUCACAAGGCACCGUUGCCACAGUCGGGGGCUUGUUAUUCCUCGGUUUUUCGUUAUCGUCCUACUUCUACCCUCCUCUAUAACAAACCGAUUUGAACUUUUAGGCACGAUCGGUGUUGGUUCCAUAUAUUUUUCCACAGCUUCUUUUGCUGUCUCUAUAUAAAAACUAUAUAAGUUUUAUGGGUAAGUUUUAAUUUUUUUUUAUGUAUUAGUAUUAUAUGUUAACAACAAUUAAACAUUAUAUUGAUGGAUAUUUUGACCCAUUAAAA